AUGGCCAAAGACGAUCUUGACGAUAUUCUGAAAGAAGUUUCAGCGGCGAUUGGCGACGUGAACGCGCCUGUUCUCGAUCCCAAAAAAGAAAAUCUGGACAAAGCACCGGUCGAUGGAACAGCGUUCCCCACCGAAAUGCGAUGUUCGCAAGUCUUUGACCAGCUGCUCAAGUGCUACUCGAUCGGUGGGCAAAUUAGACACUACUACCGCCACGGGGAGCUGAGCUAUUGCAUGGAUAAACGAAGCAAACUCAUGUUCUGUCUGAAGACCAAGUUGAAUACUGAAGAGGUACGGAAAGAAAAAAUCUCAAAGUGGUACAAAGAAAAACUGGCCGAGCAGAUGGCCCAGCGCCGAACUAGCGAACAGGUGUGGGCUUCCCGCGAAGAGCCUCUAAGGCGCCCGUUCCGUGAAGACGCUGAAAAUUACCUCGACGAGGGAUCGAACUGA